AUGGACUCAUUCACGGUUUCGAAGAGAUUGACGAGAAAUCGAGCCACGGAAGAAACGCUCACAGACUUGAAACCAACCAAUGGGAUUGAAGCUGUCAUUUACUUUGCGCUAUGUAGAAAUCAAGGUGUCUGUGGCUACAUGAUAUUCCAACAAAAACAUGAAGCAAGUUCUUCAUAUGAUCUGGAACCAACAACAAAUGCUGAGCCAUGUUUAGACAACCCAUCUGCUUCAUCAUCAACCUAUGCCCCGAGAAGGCCCGAAUGGUUAGAGUGCCAGUUCACUGACCGGAAGGUCCGUGGUUCGAACCCGACCUCUGCCUCUCGACUUCCCCUGUCUAGGCCUGGACGGUCUGGCAGUGUCCCAGCCCUCGCGUCUCCUUCGUCCUGGACGACCCUACUAUAUUUUUGGCACACACGGAGUUCUUUGUUGCGACCACGAAUCACAAAGGCACAUCCAGUUGAUCGACUGGUACAGGGAAGCCAUCCUUUGUUACAGGCUUCAACAACAACGGGUGUUCAGAGGAGCAUCGAUCUGGUCAGCAUUUGCACGGAAACUACUCACAAGGUUGCUGAAAACUCCUCGACAGCCCACGACCGGUUUCGCCCUUCUUGGGGCUCAUCUGGUAGGCACAGUUCCCGAGUUUCCGUCAACCUUAUGAUCUACGUGAACCCAAAUUGGACUGUUUUCGAGAAAUACACUCAUUUGCAAAUCAAUUACUGGAGAAAAGGCGUUCGGUGGUGUAAAUUUCGAAGGAACAAAGCUCAGCUGGAAGACCGAUCUCUACUGACCAACCCCCGUUACGUGUGUCUGCUCGACCGAUUACACAGGUACCUUGGAUGCACGAGCGCCACUGAGGGCGCGACUGGGUCAUGUCUGACAAUGUCUCUAGCCCUUGAUGUGCCCCCAUCCAGGAAGACAGCAGUGACCAGCGCAGUUGAGUUUUCCGGUAAUGGCUUUGAUACUUCGCUGCCAAGUCAUUGUUUGACCGCCUCUGGCUUUCUUCCACCCUUCACGUGGUUGUGCGAAAAGAGCCCUUCGAGGAAGUCGGUCGACUGGCAUACGCAACACGUGGCCAAGCCGGAGCAACCUACGUUUCUUGACUACCUGAAGGUUCUCAGGUUUCUACCGACAGAGGCAAAUGCACUACUCAUAAGGUUGCUGAAAAUUCGUCGACAGUUCACGACCGGUUUCGCUCUUCUUGGGGCUCGUAGGCGCGGUCCCCGAAUUUCCGUGAACCUUGUGUUCUACUUGAAACCAAAUUGCACGAAAUUGGCUAAAUAUACUCAUGUCGACGAAUUUUCAGCAAUCUCACGAGUAGUACAUCACGAAUAUACAUGUAUCGCGAUAUCUCGAAUAUCGUAG